AUGUCUGGUGAUCACAGCGUAGGAGCCAUCGGGCCAAUUUUUGACCCCAAUACACAAGUUGGUUCACAGGACUCACAAAUUGCAGGCGGGCUACCGGGCGCGAAGCCCUACCGAACAUUCGUUUGGGUGGACGACAUUGCGCAAGUAAGUCAAAACCCAACUCUUGCCCCAGAUGGCAAAAAGGUCAAGUUCGACCAGAGGCUUUGCGGAGACGCUAUGGUGGCGCACCUAAAACGGGAAAUUCCCGAAAUCACGGCGACCAGAUACCUUGAUUAUUACAAAGCAAAGCCAAGUGGAAAUCAUCAACUGUAUAAAGUUGGCAGCAAUUUGUCUGCAGAUUUAAUCCGCAAACAAUAUAAACAGGCCAGCACUAGGGUGUUCCUGUCUGCCACUGUCGCAGGGGGGAGCCAAACAGUUAACUCUCCACCUGACUUGGGACAAAGGGAAAUCACCACCACAAAUCAAGGUGUACAAGCUCCUUCAACUUCCACACAGAGUCAGCUGGAGAAAGGUGAACUUGGGCCCCAAUAUCAUGGUGACCAGCGUCCAGUGGGUUCAGUGACUUUCAAGCUCUCGGACUCUGGACUUAAAUACUCAGGUGCACUUGUGGUUGCCGAUUUUAUCCAGCGAAAACCUUCGAUCAAGUUACGAAGACGACCUGAUAUUUGCUACGAUGCAGAGAAGUUUGUUCAGAUCUUUUGUAGGAACGGUGCAAGAUUUUUCGCCUACGAUAAUGAAUUAUCAGAUUAUGAGGCCCAAGCAUUGGUAUUUGCUGAUGAUGGAACCUCUGAUGAAGCAUCAUUCUUUGCUGAAGAGAUAAAUUUGCCCCCUGACUCGACAGUAGUUAGAGGCGAGGUACAGCGCCUUGAACCAUGCACAGGAAACGAAGCCCUGGUUGUAUUCCACUCUGUCCAGGUGGAAAAUGUGCUUUCAGAUCAACGGAUGGAAAUACCAGAGCAGCCAUCCUACCAGCAGGGAGAUCGUGCACUUCACAAUGGAUUGAGUGCACCUACCCUGGGACCAGCAGUGCAAGAUGCUCCACCACCGGCCGAUAGACUAGUGGGGUAUCCAGCACAAGAGAGUGAUCAGGAUGUGCAAGGGACGUCAGAACUGCGGCUACCAAGGGGAUACGAUGAUCAACCUCGAUUUCAGUUGCAAAUCAACGAUUUCCAAGUAAAUGUUAUUAGCUCUCUCAGUGAGAAUGACCAAGCAAUUGAGCAAAGCUGUAAUAUGCAAGAGUUGCGAUUGUGGAAAAAUGAAAUUGUCAGGGCCGAACUAAAAGAGGCCACAAAAGGAAUGAAUGCAAGAGAUACAUUGUUCAUAGCAAAGAUUACUGAGGUUUGGCAGCAUCGCCAUGCUGAUGUCAAUGGAGGCACAACUGCUGUCUUCAUCGGUCCCAUCAAAACUUAUAGCUAUGGAUACAUGCUUGGCUUGAGGAUAUACCUCAACGGCGUAGGUGAUGAAAGAGGCAGGUCUGUCGCCAUCUUUGUGCACAUGAUGAUGGGAGAGUACGACUUUCAAGUAAGGUGGCCUUUCACUCAGAGGAUCACGCUGUCCAUUAUGGAUCAGAGUGGUGCCGAACGCCAUUUAAGCCAAAUCCUUCAAGCCCAGCCCAACAUGAUGGCCUUUCAGAAGCCAACAGAAGUGAUCAGUCCUACUGGAUGCGGUUUUGUAAAUUUUGCUUCUAUAGAGGAAGUAUUUAGUCAUGCUUAUGUAAAAGAUGACAAGCUUUUUCUCAAAAUUGAGUUUUCUCCCUAA